GUUGCAGGCGGGCAAAACACAACCCAAUUCACACUCCCCUUUCCUCUCAAUGGCAGUCUCCCAGACACAAGAACAAAAUGCUGAAAUGUCCCAUACCCUCCUUAUGGAACAACCCCAACAACACCAGGAAGACCCAAACGAUUACCAGUUGUCCAAAUCCCUCAGCCGUUUAGAGACCUUUCUCGGGUUCCUUGGCUUUUACCAGCAUUCCAUCUUCACUUUCUCUUUGUCUUGGCUCUUGUUUCUGCUUCUGGGUGUUACUCUUCCACUACUCAUAAUCCAGCUCACUUACUGCUCCGCCUGCCAGAAGUACGAGAUCAAAAGUUUUGAUCUUGAAAUUCUCGCAUCUCAGUCUCUUGUUGCUGCUAUUUCUCUUCUCUGCAUUUCUCACAAUCUGCGCAAGUAUCGAUUGAGGAAGUUUCUGUUUGUGGAUAAGUACCAUGGUCAUGGGGCACAGUUUCGUAAAGAUUAUGUGAAGAAAAUCAAUGAUUUCUUCCGCUUAUUGGCUGUAUGGCUAGUUCCAUGCUUCAUUAUAAAGGCUGCUCGUGAGGUCACUCGUGUUGUAUAUGCUGAUUAUGAUUCUUGGUGGCAAAUGGUUUUAGUAUUGAUAGCUUUGCUUGUGUCAUGGACUUAUUCAACCACAAUCUAUUUAUCUGGUUGUGCAUUGUUCAAUUUAGUGUGCAAUUUCCAAGUGAUACACUUUGAGAAUUAUGGGAAGCUUUUGGAAAGGGAUUUAGAUGUCUCAGCUUAUAUUGAUGAACACAUAUGUCUUACACAUUACUUAUCAAAGAUAAGCCACAGGUUUCGAGUAUAUCUAGUUCUAGAAUUCUUGCUGGCAACAGCUACGCAGUUUGUGUCCCUGUUGGAAACCACAAGAAAUAGCGGAAUCAUCAAUUUCAUUAAUGGUGGUGGUUUUGCAGUCAUCUCUGUUAUUGAGCUUGUUGGCACAAUACUAUUCUUGCAUGCAGCUGCAAAAAUCUCACAUAGAGCUCAAGCACUUGGAUCUGUCGCUAGCAGAUGGCAUGCUUUGGUUACGUGUAGCUCUAUGGACACUUCUCAACAAGGGGUGAAUGACAGUGGUGAAACUAUCAAUCAGAUGGGCUCAUUACGAAUAACUUACUCUGAAAGUGAUUUGGAAAUUGGUGAUUUUGUGCCAGUUCCAACGGCUAAUCAACUGGCUUCAUACAUGUCUUUCUAUCAAAAGCGGCAAGCAUUUGUUAUGUACGUGCUGUCUAACCCUGGUGGGUUGACAGUAUACGGAUGGAGAAUUGAUCGGACACUCAGCAUCACCAUCGUUUUCAUAGAGAUGUCUCUGUUUCUUUUUGUGCUGGGCAAGACCAUAACCAUCACUACCGAUUGACCUCCACGUCCCUGCCUGAUGGUCCUCGUUUUUUAAGGUGCCAUUAGCAUUGUACACAGCAUCAAUAUUGAGUAUUAUGCAAAGGACAGUAUAAUUUGUUUGUAAUCUUCUCUUUUUCCUAUUAUACUCUAUGCAAAAAAAUAAAUAAAUAAAUAAAGUGUUGUAACCAUC